AUGGGAGAAGUGGUUGUGAUGUCACAUGACGGCUACAGUAAGAGCUUGAACAUGUUCACAUUCAACGUUCAACAUUCCACGUCGACGUACCUUUCCAUUCGCUCAACUACCCUCCCAUUCGCUUCGACAAUUCCAGGUGACAACCCAACGAUGCCGCCAACGACAAACACGACAGACAACGACCACCCACGACCGCCUCACCACCACGACCGGCCAAAAAUCAAAGAAGACUGCCCACGACCGCCCACAAACGAAGACGAUCACCCACAGAUGAAGCCGCCCGCCCAAACAACGACGAAGGCCCCAACCGACACAGGCGACCACAAGCCCAGGGACAACAAUGGAACGACAAUGUCGACGACACAGGACGACGAAGCCGCGACGAGGAGGAUAUGGGGCGACGAUGACACAGCACAACAACGGAACGACAACGUGGAGGCGUCGUUUGUUUCACUGUGCCAAGCUAGCUUCGUUGAGCCGAAGCCUGCUCGUGGUUAUACAACCUCAGUCAUGCAACUUCCCCCAAAAAUUGUCAAGCGAAUGGAGCAACAGAUUGUCGAUGGCGUGGACCAGAUUGUUGAGCGUACAAUUUGA